CAUAAAUCAAGAAGAAAAAAAUAAUAAAUUUAUUUUCAUACAUUUUUAAAAACUGAGUUAUUUGUAGAAAUAUAAAUUAUCUCAUGGGAGGACACGUGCCCGCACACCAAUGCACUGAAACCAAAUCCAGUCGCCAAAUAUUGGUCGGUUGCUCAUUAAUCAAAUGAAUGAAAUAUGUUGGCAAACGUAUUAAAAAUAUUUAGCAAGCCAUUGAAAUAUUAAAUAGCGCUACUUGUAGACAAUUAGCCAAAAAUUAUGACUUUUAAUCACAGGCAGCGCGGCAAAAAAAAACGAAAUCGAAAAUACUGCAGACGAAGACGAACGAGAGCCACGCCCUCCUCGCCACAAUUUCACACAUGUUUUAAAAAUAAACCAAUUUGUGAGGGGAAUAUGUUUCCGUUUCUUUCUGUCUUGAGGACCGGCCGUAUAAAGUAUUCAACAUAGGCUCCGCCCAGCCAGGCGAUCAUCUUGAAAAAUCGGCCAGUGAGCAGGAUGCUCCGAAUAUUCAAAUUAGUUUUCCGUAAGAUCUCGACGCGCGCUGUUGUCUGCGGGAUAAAAUUCCGAUACGGUUUCAAGAGCAUCUGGAAUCUAUAUACCGAUCCCAAAAUCGUAUUAAAUCAGUAAAAUGAUGAAUUCGCAAUCGGCGGUGCGUCGUUAUCCACACAGUUUCUCCAUCGAACAAAUCCUGGCCAAGCCGGAAAUGCGUAGCUCCGAUUCCUCCUUUCCGGAAUCGGCGCAGGAUGAAAGUGGUCGCGGUGGCUUAUGUGGUGGUGCUUCGCGUGUUUCGAGUCCAGCCACAUCGAGUUGCUUGGAGGAUAACUUGGAUGACGGCAAAAGUGAUAUCGAUUUGGCCUCGGAUGAUGGAAACGGCCUCGGGGAUGACCGCAAGAAGCGUCCGAGAACCGCCUUUUCGGCAGCCCAAAUCAAAGCCCUGGAAACCGAGUUCGAGAGGGGAAAGUAUCUUUCGGUGGCAAAGCGAACAGCACUUGCCAAGCAGCUCCAACUCACAGAAACGCAGAUAAAGAUCUGGUUCCAGAACCGCCGGACCAAGUGGAAGCGCAAGUACACCUCAGACGUGGAGACGCUGGCCUCGCACUAUUACGCCCAGCUGGGAAUCGGAGGAUUGGCCAGACCAAUGGUGGUUGGAGAUCGGCUGUGGCUCUUCAGCCAAACGCCAACGGGUCCCACGCCCAUUCAGUCCAUCAUGCUGAACGGAAGCGGAUCGGCUGCACCCAUGCCAUCGGCGGCGGCUACCGGUUCACCCAUGCGUCCGUAUCCGACGAGUGGCGGAAUGCCUCCUCUACCGGGACCCAGUGUGAUGGAGAGUGCCCGCAAUGCAAUACUGGCACGCGGACAGCCUUUGAACUUUGCUCUGCCCUUUGGAGUGGCCAAGCCACCGGCGGGAGGAGUCCACUCAACCAGCUACAUCCCUCGUUGCAAGUCGUACGCGGGCAGCUAUGUGGAUUAUGCUGCCUCCCUGCCACCAAACGAGGCCUAUCUGCAGAUGAAGUACGCCACAUUGCCGCCGGAAACGGAAAGCGGGUCCUCCAAUGGUUUGGCCGAACUGGAACGCGUCUUCGGGGAUGCGAAUGCCAACUUUCUACAGCAACGGAACACUCCAGCCGGUGGAGUAGCGACAUCCUACGGCCAUGACGGAUUAAAUCAAGCCCAAAGGAGCCGAAGACCCACGCAAUCAGAGUCCGAGUGCAGCGACAUUGACUGCGAGCAGCUGGACGAGGAUGAGGAUCAACCAGCUGUGGAGUAAAACUACAUACAUGGUUUAAUCUUUAGAAUUUAUGUUCCGUACGUCUCUCACACACAAAAAUAUGCUCAUACAAAGGGUAGUCAUAGGGGGUAGAGUACAUGUCUCGUCUGUGUAGAUUCCAUUACAACUAGCUGAGAGUGGCACACUUUCAGACCUGCCCGGGAUUAUUGGCUCACCCCUUGUGGCCCAACACUGGUCUAGUUCUCGUCCUAGUUCUAGUUCUAGCGCUAGUUAUUGCUAUUCUAUGUUACAUUGUGGGUCGGGUAUCGUUUACUGACUGGCUCUCAACAAUUAAUAAAUGUAAAUUAAUUAAUUAAAAAUCACAAAUCACAAA